AUGGUUAAGAGGAAGCGGAGCAGCAGCGGCUCCGGGUCUGACGCUCGGAGCGCCGAUCAGUCCAAGGGGGACCGGUCUCUCUACCAGCCCCUCUACGACCCUCCCAGGGCCCUCAAACACUCGGAUGCCCUGACUCUCUUGGCCAAGAGGUCCGGCGAGUUUCUCAGUCUGUGGAAGGCGCGCGUCGAGGGCAAGGUUUUGCACUUGAACAACCCUCCACCCGAGCAGACCAGCCUUCUGCUCGACGUAAACCAGGUCGACUACACCGUCCGCGUUCCUUGCAGCAAAUUCAGCGGCCUUAGCAACACCACUGCCAAGAGGCUCGGCCUUUUCCGCGUUCGCCGUGUUCCCUACGAGCAUGCUCUCGAGUUCAACUCUCUCUGGCUCGAGUACGCUCGCAAGGUUCUCGGCUCCCCCAAAACUCACCUAAACGCCUCGAAACUCGUCGCCAUGCUUGAUCUUCAGGGUUCUCUGGUCGAGGUCGUCCGAUCCAACUGCGCCAGUUACGUUGGCACUGUCGGUGUCAUUCUUCGUGAAACUCAGAACGGCUUCGACAUCGUCGAUUCCACUUCUAGGGUCAAGUUUAUUUUAAAGAACUCCAGUGUGUUUCGUUUAGACUACGGCGACUGGUCCUUCUUCAUCUUCGGUCGACACAUCACAGCUUCUCCUGCCGCUCGCAGCAAGAGCAAGUUGAAACCCAAGGGUUUCCUUUGA